GUUGGUGUUGUAGCAGCCACAGCUCUCGUGCGGUCCAUGGAGCACCGCAUCGUGGGUCCUGGGCCGUACCGGGCCACCAAGCUGUGGAAUGAAACAGUUGAGCUUUUUCGUGCUCGGAUGCCAUUACGGAAACAUCGAUGUCGCUUCAAAAGUUAUGAACAUUGCUUCACAGCGGCGGAAGCUGUAGAUUGGCUGCAUGAGCUACUGAGGUGCAGUCAAAACUUUGGUCCCGAAGUGACCCGCAAACAAACAGUCCAGCUGCUGAAAAAAUUCCUGAAGAAUCACGUUAUUGAAGAUAUCAAGGGGAAAUGGGGCCAGGAGGAUUUUGAAGACAACCGUCAUUUGUACAGAUUUCCUCCUUCCUCACCCCUGAAACCAUACCCAAAGAAGCCAACAUACCAAAAGAAUGUUAUUAAAUUUCCAGAGUGGAAUGAUCUCCCAGCAGGCACUUCACAAGAGAACAUCCCAGUAAGGCCAAUUGUUAUGAAUUCUGAGCUUUGGUACAAGCGUCACAGUAUUGCUAUUGGAGAAGUGCCGGCUUGCCGUCUUGUCCACCGCAGACAGCUGACGGAGGCCAAUGUAGAAGAGAUAUGGAAGUCUAUGACAUUAUCAUAUUUACAGAAAAUCCUUGGCCUGCACUCCUUAGAAGAAGUUUUAGAUAGCAAACUCAUCAAUUCCAAGUUCAUCAUCCAUAAUGUAUACAGUGUUAGUAAGCAGGGAGUUGUUAUCCUUGAUGACAAGUCAAAAGAACUUCCUCAUUGGGUACUGUCAGCUAUGAAGUGUUUGGCAAAUUGGCCUAAUUGUUCAGAUUUGAAGCAGCCUAUGUACUUAGGAUUUGAAAAAGAUGUCUUUAAAACUAUAGCUGAUUACUACAGGCACUUGAAAGAGCCUCUGCUUACAUUUCAUCUUUUCGAUGCUUUUGUCAGCGUACUAGGCUUGUUACAGAAAGAGAAAAUGGCUGUUGAAGCAUUUCAAGUUUGCUGCCUCCUUUUACCACCUGAAAACAGAAGGAAGUUACAACUGUUGAUGAGGAUGAUGGCACGGAUCUGUUUAAACAAGGAAAUGCCACCACUGUGUGAGGACUUUGAGAUGGACAGAAAGAACAAGUGGUCUCAAGAAAAUGGCAUCCUCUCCAACUUCAGGACGAAAAGAUUACAAAGCCAUUAUUACUGUACCCAGUAG